AUGACACGACCAUCGACCCCUCCUAUCCUAUCUGAGCUACGAAGUGCUUCUUCCCCCGCCAGUCAAGUUGCAGCAUUACGGGCUCUCAAAAAUGAAGUCAUUGGACACGAGCAGAAGAAGGAGAUGUGGGUUGGUCUCGGGGUGCUGGCGCCUAUAGCGCGUAUCUUGAAUACGCACAAAGGAAAUGGGAAGAGAAGGCACCGAGAUGUCAACAGCAGUACCAAUCAGUCCAAGCAGAGGGGUGGCAGAAGCGACGAGGAGGAAGCUCGACUCCAAGCAAUCAUCAUUGUCGGUAGCUUGGCACAUGGCGGUCCAGGUUACGUCUCGCCUAUCUUUGCUGGACUUGUCAUAUCCCCCUUGCUCGCCCUACUCUCGCCCGCAGAGUCUUCACCUCUCCUGGUAUUAAAUGCCUUGAGAUCUCUCAAUGCUGUGGCCGAUUCGCUCUCCCUAUCCUAUUCAGAUCAUGGUACAAGUGAGGAUGGCUUGCUCAACUUACUGUAUACGGAACAGCAUCUGCCAACCAUAGCGAAUUUGUUACUACAGACGUCGCCUUCGUUAGUAGUUCAACAACAGAUUGCUCUGACAGCGGCGCUGAUAAGUAAAACAUGUCCAGACGAGCACCAUCAGGCAAUGCUGGCUCAGACCGGGGUCUUGGAAGCCCUUGCAGUCAGGCUGGCAUCCUUCGUCGUGACUACCGGAUGUUCUCUCAACACUGGUAAUGGAGGAUCCAAAUAUAUCGGCGAUAUUGCUCCCGCAACCUCAAGAUCGAGGAUAUCACCAAUAUUGCAAGCUAUUGGAGCUAUUAUUCAACACUCAAAACCCAGAGCUAUACAGUUCCUGAACGCGCCAGCCUUCGCUUCUGUAUUCCAAAAACCUGACGCGGAUGUCACUUCAUCAUUUGAAAAGAAGCCCACCGUUUGGGGUCCUAAUGCUUCCAACAUGUUCAAUGCCCGCCAGACACCUCCCAACGCCAUUGAUGUUCUGAUACCUCCCCUUCCAAGCACCCAUUUUCGGAGCUCCUUGGCGCCAAAUUCCAGCUUCCCUCCUCUUGGGGCUCUUGGGUCCUCGAGUAAGCAAACCCAGAUGUCGAGAAGUUUUAGCUCUGCUAUUGAAGUCAUUCAGAGCCAAGGACUCGAAUUCAUAGAAGAAGAGGAGAGCACUCUGAUCGGAUGGUUGCUGUAUAUUGCUAGAAUAGAGAAUGAAGUAACGGGAUUGACGGCCGCUCGGGUCCUCGCAAUCCUGUACCAGCACGGAUUGACGAAACGCGGCCGAGAGGCAGCAUUUGCGCUCCUACUUGUACCUUCGCUUGUACGCAUGCUGGACAAAGAUUCGAGGACCUCAGACGCUUCAAAUACCUACGACACCAGCCUCAUUGCUUCUCCUGACAGGCUCGUUAAGGAGCAAGCUCCUUCGGUCUUGGCUAUGCUCGCAGUGAAUAGCUUGGAGAUACAAAAGGCGGCAGCUGAUGCUGGAGCUAUUAAGAAGCUGUCUCAGCUUCUCAAGGAGUCAUACGAUGAGAUGCCAGCCAAUUCUUCAGUGGCUAUGUGGACGCCGGAGUCAUCUACUUCUAGACAUUCUGAGGGCCGAGAUGACGGCUCAAAGCUUGGUUCUGCUGGACUGUCAGCUACAGCUUAUCACGUGAUGAGGCUGAGGGAAUCGGUACUUACCGCUCUUGCUGCUAUUGCCUCGGAAAAGGACGAUUACAGGAGAUUGAUUAUAGACAAUGGAGUCGUACCCUUUGUCAUCAAGACUCUGAAACCGGAAGAGAGUGAGACUGUUGCGCAAGCCGAUGGCCAGGCCGAGGGGACUUCGCGGUAUCGAAGAGCGUUCACAGGAAACUGCAAAUAUGCUAUUUUGGCUGCUUGUGGAGCAGCCAGGGCCUUGUCAAGAUCAGUCAGUACAUUGAGGACGAGCCUCAUGGAUGCUGGUCUUCCAGCCCCUCUCUUUGUUUUGAUCAAGUGCCAAGACAUGGAGCUCCAGAUUGCAGCAACUGCCGUUGUGACUAAUCUCGUCCUCCAAUUUAGCCCCAUGCGAGAGGCUAUCAUGGAAGCUGGUGCAUUGAAGAUCUUGUGCGAGCAUGCUCAUUCGAUGGAUGCAAAACUGCGUCUAAACUCAGUAUGGGCGCUUAAGCAUGUUGUGCUUGAGGCAUCGAACGCUAUCAAGAUGAGCUGCCUAGAGGAGCUUGGACCUGGCUGGUUAAAGCAAAUAGUCAACAAUGACGUCGAGGCUUCAAAUCACGGCAUGACGUCGAGGAGUGGAGAUCGCGAGGAUGGUUCGUCGACUCCAAUUAGGAUGAGUACUCCCAACGCCGCUGGCGAGCAAGUGGACCUACUCAACGCGGUUGAAGAAGAUUCCCGAGAGUCUAGUCAAGAUGUUGAGGAGGAUGGUGAGGAAGACCUCAAGAUGGCCGACAGCAUCGGAGCUUUGAGCAGAGCAGAGCUGGAUCGAAAACUGUUUUCGCAUUCGAGCAGUGGCCGCGGCCCAAUCUCGGAGACCGCAGGUCUGACAGGUAGGCGACCCUCCUCACAGCCGGUGCUCACAGACGAGCUGGCGAUACAGCAGCAAGGUCUGGACUUCAUUCGAAACCUCAUCUGCGGAUCAGGUGCUUCCGAUAUGAUCGAGCACAUCUUCAGAGAACUUGGUCAGGAUAAAAUUUUCGAGCUACUGGCCGCGAAGCUGAGACCCAGAGUGUUCAACGCCUUCAAUCGCGAACGAAGAUCAUCUGAAAACGGAGUGCGGCAUGUCCAACCACAGACUGGCAUUGUUGUCUCUGUGUGCUACAUCAUUGUCCACAUCGCUGCAGGGAGUACACGCCAACGCCAACUGCUCAUCUCGCAGACAGAGCUCUUGAAGCUUAUUGUCCCACUCUUCAGCCACCCAAGCAAGGAAGUCCGCGCUUGCUGCUUGUGGAUUGUCAUCAACCUUACCUGGAUCGAUGACGCAUCUGACAACAUGAAUUGCAAGGCGCGGGCUCGCGAGUUGACGAAGCUUGGGGUAUCUGAGAAGCUCGAGCUUAUGGAGCAGGAUGCUGAUCUGGAUUGUCGAGAGCGUGCACGGACUGCCAAAAAUCAAAUGUCGACCCUGCUACGGCAAUAG